AUGCAGACCCCCAUGUCAGACAAAAGCAACCAGAAGCUUCCUAAGAGCAGCCAGGCCAACGGCAACAACGACAGCCGCGACCGUUCCCAGUCACCGACUGCCAGUCUCGAGCCAUGCGAGCAUUGCGGCGAGCAGUAUUGUACGGACGUCGUCGUUGACACUGCCGAAGUGGCUCUGCAAUGCAAGCCUACGACGGUUGUCAUCUCUCAUUCCGCACCUUCGACGCCAGCCAAGCCUCUCCGCAAGAAACGUAAGCUGGAUUCCCUGGUGUCGAAGGCCAAGGAGCAGGCCGACUCUGAUACAAGCUUGGAGCACUCUCCAGUCAGCGACAUUGCUACCGAACCUGACGAUUCCAUCACCUACCCUCUGGCAGUGCAGCCGGUCGCAACACCCACUAGAUCCCAGGACGCGAGGAAAUUGAAACUCCAGAUUCCUACCGACGGCUUCAUAGAACGCGACUUCGCCUCCUCCCCGCAACAGAUUGAUUCCGGUCUAGCCGUCCAGGACGUCUCACCAAGCCUUUUCGGCAUGGACCCGAGGUCGCCGGAGCGACGGAAGUUGGAUGAACUUCACGAGGGCGUGAAGAUCAUCUACAAAAACAGGACCCCCACCAAAAAGUCUUCCAGGUUGUCAUUCUUGAGGCGUACGUAG